AUGCUUCUCCUUCAAUCACUUCUCCUGCUCGCACCUUUCUGGAGUAUCUUUGCUCUAGCCACUGCCAUUCCACUGCCCGUUAGCGAUCUGCUCUCCGAGCAAAAGGCCAUCGCUGCCGAACAAUCACAACUUUCUGCACCCAGCUCAACCAUCGACAUCACCUCCGUGCCAUCCCAAUCACCUGAACCAGAGCACAAGAAUCCCAUUCGCAAUGGCGAUCCCUACGGUCUCUCAGACUUUGGUAUCGACCCAGCGCACGUCACUUCCGAACAAAUGCAAGCACUGCGAGAAGCUGGCAUGAUCCGAGAGCUCGAUGAUGAUGAGUCGAGGUGA